AGCAGUGGGGGAUUUCAGAGCACUUCCACUCAUGCGUGGACACAGUAGUCGAGAGAGUGGACAAAAACAGACGAGCAGCUCCGAGCAGUCACGAAGAAUGUGACACAACUUUCUCUCUUCUUCUUCUUUUUUUCAAUUUCAUCACGAUUAACCGGGGCUCGGUUUUGGUCUUUCUCUUCUAUACGGUGUUAUAGAAGCCAUGGAGCCGAUAACGAAGUGGACGCCGAAGCAAGUGGUGGACUGGAUGAAAGGUUUGGACGACAGCCUGCAGCAGUAUGUGAGCAACUUUGAGCGGGAGAAGAUCAGUGGAGAGCAGCUGCUGAAGAUCACCCAUCAAGACCUGGAGGAGCUGGGUGUAGCCAGGAUCGGACACCAGGAGCUGGUGCUGGAGGCCGUGGACCUGCUCUGUGCUCUGAACUACGGAGUGGAGACAGACAACCUCAAGAACCUGGUGGUGAAGAUGAGAGCUGCCACCAACAGUCUGUACAUGGCCACAACUGACCGACGGAAAAGCCCAGCAUAUGAUGGCAGCACAUCUCGCAAACCACCCAACGACUUCCUGACCUCAGUGGUGGAGUUGAUCGGUGCCGCAAAGAGCCUUCUUGCCUGGCUUGACAGGACGCCUCUUACAGGGAUCAGUGACUUCACAGCCACCAAGAACANAAUCUGUCAUCUGUGUCGUCUGUCUUUUGUGUCACAGGACUGCAGUGUUUACGAGAUGGAGGAGAAGAUUCUGGAAGUGUCUAAGAUUUUGAACAACAUCUGCGAUCAGACGGUAAGGACGACCUCUGACCCCCUGAUGAGCCAGUCCGCCUGUCUGGAAGAAGUCCAGCUGAACAACAUCAAACCAGGAGAGGGCCUGGGGAUGUACAUCAAGUCUACGUAUGACGGGUUGCAUGUCAUCACCGGAACCACGGAACAUUCUGCUGCAGACCUGAGCCGGAAGAUCCACGCAGGAGAUGAGGUGAUCCAGGUCAACCAGCAGACGGUGGUGGGCUGGCAGCUGAAGAAUCUAGUCGUUAAACUGAGGGAGGACCCCAAAGGUGUGGUCCUUCUCCUGAAGAAGAGACCCACGGGGACCACAGGGUUCACCCCCGCUCCACUCAAGAACAUGCGCUGGAAACCUCCAGUACCUCAGGGCAAUUCCUCAUUCGUCAGAGCCCAGUCUCCCUGCGGCUCUGCUAACGGGUCGACCAAAAAAGAGAAACCAGCAAUCUACGACUUGUACAUCCCCCCUCCUCCUCCCAUGCCAUACACUCCACGAGAGACGAGGAUAGAGUCCUUCUCCAGCAUCAGCAAAAGACCAAAGGGCUCCGAGUCACCCAACUCCUAUCUGGACCACGAGAGUCGGAGACGCGGCCCCGUCCCGGACUACGACAAGAUAAACAUGGGCUGCCCCAUCGAGGCCAACGUCAUCCAGCCCAGAAUGCGGGAGCACAAGCCUUCACGUUGUAAGCCGAGGCCGCUGUCGAUGCCGGUGGACACCUGCGUUGGAAUCGUUGAUCCUUACGCCAAACCUUGGGCAAGAAAAGGUGACGACCUCUACAGAUACCUGAGCAACGAGAGAAUCCCAACCAUCGUGGAGGAGGCGCCCUCGGUGUCGUCACCCUACCGGCCCAGCGGAGAGCGCCACCUGGUCAGAGUGGACCGCAUCCGUGGCAGCCGCUACUACUCCAACAAUGACCUCCACAGCAGCGCCACCAUCCCCUAUCAGGAGGACACCAAGAAGACGCCCGUAGCCUCCGUCUCCAAGCGCACCACAGCAGAUCGCUCCCUACUGGUCAGUUGGAUCACGCGGCUUAAGCUAUUGACUCACUGAUGAUGCGCUUCCUGUCCAGGGCUUCCUGUCCCUGUCUUGUGUCCUUCUUCAGUGCCUUUAAUUUUUUUUUUUUUUUUUUCAACGUCCAGCUGUUUUUUUUGGCAGCUUUGGGCUUUUCUCACACUACUUUCUCCCCCCGACCUCCCAUCCCCCCCUGGUGUUACUACUACUAGCAACUACUACUACUCUUCAGUCGAACGUGUUUAUGUAGUACUCACUACAUCACGCCAUCACCCCUAACACUGCCUCACAGCACCCCCCCCACCCCACCCCCCCGUGAUUGUUGACUCCAGGUCCCAGCUCUGCCUCAGGAGGACACGCUGUGAUCAGGGUUAGGACACUCCCUGUCCUUUUGGGCACUUCCUGUCCUCACGGUCUGUCUCUGGACUCUGUACAGAUGUGACGUUGUCUUUUAGUUCUAUAUACUCCCCCUCCCCCUCCCCCCUGUUUUUGUUUAGUUGCCUAAGUUAUUCAGACUUUUGAAAGACCAACCGUAUCAUGUUAGAGAAACUGCUUUGACGUCACAUGUUUGUCUUUUUCGUUAAGUUCCACUCCUGUGAUUGGUUGUGUUGCGUUGCCAGUCGUUGCCUCCUGUAAGCUAUGCAUUUUCAAAACAAUCGAAUUUAUAUUAUCGGCCUGAUAUUAGCUUAAUUGUGUAAUAUCGGUAAGAAUUUUUAGUGUUUUUUUUCUCCAAUAUUGGAAAUCCGAUAACACAAUGCCUGGGAUUUGCCAAGUUUGUUGGAAUCGCACGUAGGGUCAAGAGACGUUUACUCAGUUCUCGAGGCAAACGGUUGCAUAUAUCGGUAUCAGUA